GUAUCCCAGGUCGGGUGCCCAUUGACCCCGGUUCCGGCGUGCCACCCUUGCAGGACUGCCCAGAGCCACGCCGGAUCUUUACCAUCGACGACUUUGAGAUUGGGCGGCCGCUGGGCAAAGGGAAAUUUGGCAACGUCUACCUAGCCCGGGAGAAGGACUCCAAGUUCAUCGUGGCACUGAAGGUGCUCUUCAAAUCCCAGAUGGAGAAGGAAGGGGUGGAGUACCAGCUGAGGAGGGAGAUCGAGAUCCAGUGUCACCUCAGUCACCCCAACAUCCUGCGCCUCUACAACUACUUCCACGACAAGAAGCGGGUCUACCUGAUCCUGGAAUACGCCCCUCGGGGGGAGCUCUACAAGGAGUUGCAGAAGUACCAGCGCUUCGACGAGCAGAGAAGUGCCACGUUCAUAGAAGAGCUGGCCGACGCCCUCCUGUACUGUCACAACAAGAAGGUCAUCCAUCGCGACAUCAAGCCCGAGAAUCUGCUGAUGGGGCUAAAAGGGGAGCUGAAGAUCGCUGAUUUCGGCUGGUCGGUGCACGCCCCCUCGCUCAGGAGGAAGACCAUGUGCGGCACUCUGGAUUACCUGCCCCCGGAGAUGAUCGAAGGCAAACCCCACAACGAGAAGGUGGAUCUCUGGUGCAUCGGGAUCCUGUGCUACGAGUUCCUGGUGGGGACUCCGCCCUUCGAGAGCGAAUGCCACUCCGAGACCUAUCGCCGGAUCGUGUCGGUCGAUCUGAGGUUCCCCCCUUUUGUGACCGAAGGCGCCAAGGAUUUGAUUGUGAAGCUGCUGCGUCACAACCCAGCCGAACGUCUCCCGCUGCAAGCCGUGAUGGAGCACCCUUGGGUGAAAACCCACUCCAAGCGGGUGCUACCCCCGGUUUUCAACCCGGUGUCCCUGAAUUAACUCUGCCAGGAGGGACUGGGAUACCCAGAUGAACGGCGUCCCCAAUGGAUGGGGCUGCCAAGGAUUUGGGGAGGGGGGCAUUAUUGCAGAGUUUGGGAUAGGGACGUCUUUUCGGGAUGGCAAACGUCCUUGCGCCCCAAGAUUCGUACUUGAAGAGCUGAUACAGACCAGGAUCUCGUUUCGCAGAGCUUGGAAAAUAAAUUUGUGUGGCCACCUUCACCUGCGUGGGCAGCUAUUCCUGGACAUAGGAAAAUCCCCUUUUGAUGUCCUGAUCUUGGCGGCUGAUCCCUUCCUUCGGGAUCAUCCUGGAUCUGUCACCGUGUGCUGGCCAGUUUCUUGAUUCUUUUUUUUUUUUUUUAAGGAAUAAGC